GUCAGUGCGAGGCGGCGAGCGGAAUGCAGCGGCCCGAGGCCUGGCCACGUCCGCACCCGGGGGAGGGGGCCGCGGCCGCCCAGGCGGGGGGCCUGGCAUCGCCCUCCGGAGUUGGGGAGCCCUCGGGGCCGCGGUUGCAGGAACCUUCCCUCUACACCAUCAAGGCUGUUUUCAUCCUAGAUAAUGACGGGAAUCGGCUGCUGGCCAAGUAUUAUGAUGACACCUUUCCCUCCAUGAAGGAGCAGACGGUCUUUGAGAAAAAUGUCUUCAACAAGACCAGCAGGACUGAGAGUGAGAUCGCAUUUUUUGGGGGCAUGACCAUUGUCUACAAGAGCAGUAUUGACCUCUUCCUGUACGUGGUGGGCUCAUCCCAUGAGAAUGAGCUGAUGCUCAUGUCUGUUCUCACCUGCCUGUUUGACUCUCUGAGCCACGUGUUAAGGAAGAAUGUGGAGAAACGCUGGUUGCUGGAGAACAUGGACGGAGCCUUCUUAGUACUGGACGAGAUUGUGGAUGGCGGUGUGAUUCUGGAGAGUGAUCCCCAGCAAGUAAUCCAGAAAGUGAAUUUUAGGACAGAUGACAGCGGCCUGACUGAACAGAGUGUGGCUCAGGUUCUUCAGUCUGCCAAGGAACAAAUUAAAUGGUCAUUACUGAAAUGAAGGCUGUGGAUUCAAAGCUCCCUGGCCCCAGAGGACCGUUUCCCCAGUCUGGACAAAAGUUUUCCAACGAUCCCAAGGGACAGGAGAAACAGACCCCUCUGCCCUCCCAGAACUGGCCUCUGAGGUCUCAGGCCAGGGAUUUUGAGAAGCAAAGGCUUAGUCCCAGCUCUACCAGAGCCCUGACCUGCCCCUGGGGCCAUGGGAAACAGCUAAACUGCCUUCACUCAGAACUUAGGCAUUCUCCGCCUGGGGCCCUAAUAAACCUGCUUCUCUUCUGGCAAGGGUGUCCUCCUUUUUUGGCCUGGGAAGUGUGUGUGUGUUCAGACAAGGGUUUCUGUGCUUUCUGUGGCUCAUCCCUCUGAUACCCAGUAUUCAUAGGGAGAGGCGUAUCCUUGUAUCAGUGU